CCUUUCUUAUUUGCCCCACCCAGAUUACGUUCCAACCUCCAAACAUCAACACAAAAAAAAUAAUAAUAAGAAGAAAUGAGAUGAGAUGAGUCAACUGAGGUGGCAUCGUCUUAAACCUUGUUCCCAUUUGAAAUACCCCGCGACUUAUCAUGCCAACCGCUUCCAUCACUGCAGUCAGUCGCGCCUUGGGAUGGAACCUUGUUUUUCUCGCCGGAUCUCAAGCUGAAAAAUUCGCUGGCGUCUUUAGUCUUCCUGGCAGCGAUACUCUCACCUAUCGUCACAUUAUCGACGAGUUUCGCCUUUGCUCCGACUUGGCCACUGUGUCAAGAACCGCAGACUUUUGGCACCGCGUUGCAUUCUUUCAGGCGGGCAUACAAGGCGGGCUUAGGCGUCCAGGUAGGAAGAAAACACACUGCUCUUGUCAACAUUGACGGAGGUCUUGUUUCAGCUGCUUGGCGGCUCAGCACAACGGAUAAAGACACAACACCAGCGGUAGACAGGGGGAUGCGAGU